GGGUGACUUCUUGGCGGCCGGGUCGCUGUCCGUCCCCUCCCCCCUCUGCGGUCCCGCGCGCUUUUCUCCUUUAUCCUCUUGAGUCCGUUCCGGGCUUCUGCCCCUGAUCGGCCGGACUCGCUGCGCCGCUGUCGUCGGGAGGCGGGUGAGGAAAGAUGAAUGGGAGGGCCGAUUUUCGAGAGCCGAAUGCCGAAGUUCCAAGACCAAUUCCUCACAUAGGGGCUGAUUACAUUCCAACAGAGGAAGAAAGAAGAGUCUUUGCAGAAUGCAGUGAUGAAAGCUUCUGGUUCAGAUCUGUGCCUUUGGCUGCAACAAGUAUGUUGAUUACACAAGGAUUAAUUAGUAAAGGAAUUCUUUCAAGUCAUCCCAAAUAUGGUUCCAUUCCUAAACUUAUAUUUGCUUGUAUCAUGGGAUAUUUUGCUGGAAAGCUUUCUUAUGUGAAAACUUGCCAAGAAAAGUUCAAGAAUCUUGAAAAUUCCCCUCUUGGAGAAGCUUUACGAUCAGGAGAAGCACGACGAUCUUCACCACAUGGGCACUAUUCUCAAAAGUCAAAAUAUGACUCAAAUGUGAGUGGUCAGUCAUCUUUUGUGACAUCCCCAGCAGCAGACAACAUAGAAAAAGAGGUGUUUCCUCAUUAUGAGCCAAUUCCAUUCAGUGCUUCUAUGAAUGAAUCCACUCCCACUGGUAUUACUGAUCAUAUUGCCCAAGGACCUGAUCCCAACCUUGAAGAAAGUCCUAAAAGAAAAAAUGUUACUUAUGAGGAAUUAAGGAAUAAGAACAGAGAGGCAUAUGAAGUAACUUUAACACAAAAGACUGACCCCUCAGUCAGGCCUAUGCAGGAAAGAGUGGCAAAAAAAGAAGUCAAAGUAAACAAAUAUGGAGAUACUUGGGAUGAGUGAAAAAUUACAUCAUUGGACCUACUGAAGGAGUUUCAAUAUCCAGCUUCAUCUGGGUGGUCAUGAAUACCUGCAUGCUUUGAGCUCAGCAGCAGUCUUCAUAAACAUUUAUAACUAGAUUUUGGAUUUUUGUGGUUUGACUUAUGAUGUUUAAAAAAACAGAUUUGGUGUUAAUAUGUAAAUGUUUUCAUCUUGCGGAACUAUAUGAAGGUAUUAUACCAUGGUCAUAUAUAGUUUAUGAAAUUGUUUUAAGUUAUAGGGCAAAGAUACUAUUUCAAAACUAUCAAGAGAUUGUAAUGCUCUAGAAUCAUAUAUGAAAAUAAAUAACUGCAUGUUGCAUUGGGGUGGGUGGGGGGAGCAAGCAUAAUUUUUAGUGUUAAGCUUUACAUCAAAAAUGAUUAAAAAGUCUUUCUCCAGCAUUUGAUGUAUUAUCUUAGUGUUUAUUGGAAAUAAAAUAUAAAGGAAUG